AGGGCCAUUUUAUAAAUGAAGAAGAUAGCUACAUACGAAUAUAAAAGCAUACAUAUCCAUGGCAGAAAGACGAGAAUCCCAAUCGUGCAGUCGUGCUGUCAUCUUGCUCUUCAGAACUUUUUCUUCGUUGAAGAUCUGCAAAGAGUAACUACUUCUUCAUCUCUCAUGGAGGAUCGUAAGGAGAAGAACGCGCCAUGGCUAUCAGUGCCGCAGUUUGGGGACUGGGACCAGAAGGGUCAAGUACCAGACUACUCUCUUGAUUUCUCGAAAAUCAGGGAAAUGAGGAAGCAAAACAAGAGGGAUGUAUCCAGAGCAAGUCUUGGAAAUGAAGAAGAGCUCAUUUCUUCAAAUUCCACCACCGCAAACAGUACUGUCCACAGUGAUCACCACCCGGAUUACCAUGAGAACCAACACUCUCCAUCUGCCACACUCAGUCUGUGAUUCACAUGCACCAGCUGUUUUAGGCCUUAUGAUAAGGACGAGGCGGAGCAUUUUCAGUUACUUCAAUUGUUGUGUGAAAGCCUGAAAAAUUGGAGAUUACUUUCGAUUUUGUAUGUCUUUUUUUUUCUCUUUUUUUUUUUGGUUAUAAUUUUCCCUUUUCUUCUUUAACUCUCCAUGACUCUUAAUCAGUUUAUAUUCAUUCAGGUUUGUAAUGUAUUGGUGGUUUCAAGUGGCAACUGAUUUUUUUUUUUUCUUUUCUUUUUUUCCUUGGGUCCUUUGCUUUUUAAGUAUGUAUUAAAUCCCUUAAGAAUUUGCAACAUUGCAAUAGCAUGAAAGAAGAAUGUAAAUCAGCCAAGCCGAACUGAAUAUUAUAAUUUUUAAGUUUGGCUUAUAUAAAUUUUUUAGUGAUCAUUUUAUGAUUAUAAAGUUAUGGAAUAUCCUGCA